CAAGAUCGUGGCGUACGCGUAACGGGACGGGUAGCGUCGUAGGUCUCAUUCAUUUCCUGUUGGUAUCUCAACGAGAGAGCAUGAAUCAGUCCUCGACUAUCGACGAUCGCUUCGGCAAUAUAUAUUUGGAAAAAAAUGAGCGAAUCAAUUGAAAACGGUACAUCGAAAUUUGAGCACGUGCUCAAGCGUCUUACUUCGGAAGAAAUCGAUAGAAUGAAAACGCAAGAUUCUCGUUUGGUGUCCGAAUUUCGUGCAGAUCAACUCGAAAAAAAUGCAAAGAAGCAUUGGGAUUUAUUUUACAAACGUAACGAUACUAGAUUCUUCAAAGAUAGACACUGGACCACGCGAGAGUUUGAUGAAUUGCUGGGUUUGGGUGGCAAAGAGAAUCAAAAUGUCCUCCUCGAAGUAGGCUGUGGUGUCGGGAAUUUUGUUUAUCCGUUGAUAGAGGAUAAAUUGAAGUUUCGGAAAAUAUUCGCAUGCGAUUUAUCUACAAGAGCAAUCGAAUUAUUUAAGAGUCACAUAUUGUUUGAUUCAGCUACAAUGAAAGCUUUUCAAACAGAUAUUACAUUAGAGAAUUGUUUUUCUGAAAUUGAUUGUCCAGUUGAUGUUACAACUCUCAUCUUUGUAUUGUCAGCUAUUCAUCCUGAUAAAUUUCACAAAGUUGCUCAAAAUAUAUACAAUGCUCUUGAUGUUGGAGGAAUAUUACUUUUUCGAGAUUACGGAUUAUAUGAUAUGGCACAAUUACGUUUCAAACCUGGACAUAAGAUUAGUGAGAAUCUCUAUAUGCGGCAAGAUGGAACCAGAAGUUAUUAUUUUUCUGCAGAACAAGUAGCAAAUUUAUUUCUAUCUGUUGGUUUUCAAAUAUUGAGUUGUGACUAUGUACAGAGACGUACAGUGAAUUUAAAGGAAAAAAUUGAUGUUCCAAGAAUUUUUGUGCAGGCAAAAUUCAAGAAAUCUUGAAUAUGUAAAAAUGAUAAUACAGUGAUUUGGUAACAAUAUAUUUAUGGCAAGCUGUAAGGAUGUUGGAAAUGGAAAUGAUGAAAAGUUUGCAAAGUUUUUAUAAAAAUGCUAUUACAUUUUUUUAUAAUAAUAUUAUUUGAUGAAAAAUCUGAAUUGCCAAGCAAAUGUGAAUUACGAGUUACAAAAGAAAGUUGAUAUAUCUCAAUCAACAUCUAAUAUAAAGAGACAUCUCAAAACUUCAAGUUAGAGUCAUGUCAAAAACCGUAAAAUUUACGACAUCUAAUGUAAAGAUAUUUCAAACAGCAAAUUGAAGCCAUAUCAAAUAUUGAGGAACUAUAAUUAUGUGUGUAUGUAGAUAAACAGUACAAUAUUCAUUUAACCAAAAUGAUAUGGUUUAUAAUGGAAUCUAAAAAUAAAUAUAGAAAUUAUCUAUACAUUAUCUAUAUACACAUUGUACAUGAUAUAUAUUUCGAAUUUUCCGUGUUGCUAUUAUUAAAUUUAUGCGUCACAUAGAAGUACUAGGGACGAUUGAAGCAUUCGGAGAAUAGAAAGAGAACGAGCGGAAGCUACAAGGCAACAAAAAAAUCAAUUUUGUGCAAUGCAAGUGAAUAAAUAGUUUACAUUGAUUCGAGAGCAUCCCUCUUUUUAUUACAAUUAUCUUUCAUAAAUAUUGUGGCUGUAUCGAAAUUUUUUAUCAUUUAAAAUCGAAGUAUUUUUGUCUUAAUCUUAUGAAUAAAAUAUUUAUAAAAAUAA